AGCUGACAACUCAUCUCUUUCUCCUACAGCUUCCUGUGCCCACAGGCCCUGAGACUCUGGUGCCCAUGGGCAAAGAGGGCAACUGAGUAAAGCCCAGGCUAACCCUCAGCCCAGUUGCACUCCCCAAAUGCCUGCCCGACCUGAGGGAUCCAAAGGUCAUGUUCUGUCUUCCCUGAGCCUGUGGGGCCACACAGCCUCCCACCAGUAUUCCAGCACUCUGGCCCUGUUCAGCCCCUGGACCACCUCCCAAGCUUCCUUCUCAUCCCAGCCUGGGUCAAGGGGACUCCUCAAGCUUCAGGACUCAGUAGGGCACAGUAGCAGUCAUGGUAAGCAAGAGGAUGCUGACAGGGGGUGAGAGGAGCAUGCCCAGCCCCCUCCUGACCUGCUGGCAGCCCAUCCUCCUGCUGGUGCUGGGCUCGGUGCUGUCAGGCUCAGCCACAGGCUGCCCACCCCGCUGCGAGUGCUCUGCACAGGACCGUGCGGUGCUCUGCCACCGCAAGCGCUUUGUGGCUGUGCCCGAAGGCAUCCCCACUGAGACCCGCCUGCUGGACCUGGGCAAGAACCGCAUCAAAACGCUCAACCAGGAUGAGUUUGCCAGUUUCCCGCACCUGGAGGAGCUGGAGCUCAAUGAGAACAUUGUGAGCACUGUGGAGCCUGGCACCUUCAAUAACCUCUUCAACCUCCGAACGCUGGGGCUCCGCAGCAACCGUCUGAAGCUCAUCCCCCUGGGCGUCUUCACUGGCCUCAGCAACCUAACCAAGCUGGACAUCAGCGAGAAUAAGAUUGUCAUCCUGCUGGACUACAUGUUCCAGGACCUGUACAACCUAAAGUCGCUGGAAGUGGGCGACAACGACCUCGUCUACAUCUCCCACCGAGCCUUCAGCGGCCUCAACAGCCUGGAGCAGCUGACACUGGAGAAAUGCAAUCUGACUUCCAUCCCCACGGAGGCACUGUCCCACCUGCAUGGUCUCAUCGUCCUGAGGCUCCGGCACCUCAACAUCAAUGCCAUCCGGGACUAUUCCUUCAAGAGGUUGUACAGGCUCAAGGUCUUGGAGAUCUCCCACUGGCCGUACUUGGACACCAUGACACCCAACUGCCUCUAUGGUCUCAAUCUGACAUCCCUAUCCAUCACGCACUGCAAUCUGACUGCUGUGCCCUACCUGGCUGUGCGCCACCUGGUCUAUCUACGCUUCCUCAAUCUCUCCUACAACCCCAUCAGCACCAUCGAGGGUUCCAUGUUGCAUGAGCUGCUACGACUGCAGGAGAUCCAGCUGGUGGGUGGGCAGCUGGCUGUGGUGGAGCCCUAUGCCUUUCGUGGCCUCAACUACCUGCGUGUGCUCAACGUCUCUGGCAACCAGCUGACCACACUGGAGGAGUCCGCCUUCCACUCAGUGGGCAACCUGGAGACGCUCAUCCUGGACUCCAACCCACUGGCCUGCGACUGCCGUCUCCUGUGGGUAUUCCGGCGCCGCUGGCGGCUCAACUUCAACCGGCAGCAACCCACGUGUGCCACACCUGAGUUUGUCCAGGGCAAGGAGUUCAAGGACUUCCCCGACGUGCUCCUGCCCAACUACUUCACUUGCCGCCGUGCCCGCAUCCGGGACCGCAAGGCCCAACAGGUGUUUGUGGAUGAGGGCCACACGGUCCAGUUUGUGUGCCGGGCGGAUGGUGACCCGCCACCCGCCAUCCUCUGGCUAUCACCCCGCAAGCACCUGGUCUCUGCCAAGAGCAAUGGGCGGCUCACAGUCUUCCCUGAUGGCACACUGGAGGUGCGCUAUGCCCAGGUACAGGACAACGGCACGUACCUGUGCAUUGCAGCCAAUGCAGGUGGCAAUGACUCCAUGCCCGCCCACCUGCAUGUGCGCAGCUACUCACCUGACUGGCCCCAUCACCCCAACAAGACCUUCGCCUUCAUCUCCAACCAGCCAGGUGAGGGGGAGGCCAACAGCACCCGAGCCACUGUGCCUUUCCCCUUCGACAUCAAGACCCUCAUUAUUGCCACCACCAUGGGCUUCAUCUCCUUCCUGGGUGUUGUACUUUUCUGCCUGGUGCUUCUGUUCCUCUGGAGCCGGGGUAAGGGCAACACAAAGCAUAACAUAGAGAUUGAGUACGUGCCGCGCAAGUCAGACACAGGCAUCAGCUCCACCGAUGCGCCCCGGAAGUUCAACAUGAAGAUGAUAUGAGCAUGGGCAGGCUCCCUCCCUGGUCCUUUGCCACCCCUCUCUGCCCCUACUCCUGUGUCUGGCUGCCCCACUGGCCCUCACCACCUCCCCUCUCUCUACCAGGACCUCAGAAGUCUGGGGAAUCCGCUGCACAGGGGCACAUACAGACAGACUGGAGUCGGAAGCUGACAGACAGACACACAGCAGUCAAUAAUUCAGUUUAAAAAGUUACGAACUUCUGUAACUUGGGUUUCAAUAAUUAUGGAUUUUUAUGAAAACUUGAAAUAAUAAAAAGAGAAAAAAACUAUUUCCUAUAGCUAGUCGGAA